GGCUUUUGUUUCCCUACUAGCCGUUCAAAAAUUUUGCAGAUAAUUUUUUGAAUGAUAUGAUUUGAAGAUUCUUAUUUUAGUAUUAUUUUAGUAUUAUGGUAUGCGCACCGCACACAUGUGACAUCAAGGCCAUAGAUGGUUAUAUAGCCUUGCCAUAGAUGUGACAUGCGGGGGACUUUCAGGAGGCACUUUUUGAGUCCAAGCUUGGUGUGGUUAAUACAAAAGACGACGGUGACCAUUUGCAGCUCAUAAAAUGGCAGCAAGAGCUCUGUAUGGGCAGCCACUCACAUUUGUCACUGGAAACAUGAAGAAGUUAGAAGAGGUCAAAGCCAUUCUGGGAAACAGCUUUCCAAUUCAGAUCAUCAAUAACGAUCUUGAUCUCCCAGAGUACCAGGGAACACCAGAGGAAGUAUCAAUUAAGAAAUGUAAAACAGCAGCUAGCCUCCUACGGUCACCUGUCAUUGUAGAAGACACCUGUUUAUGCUUUAAUGCAUUUGGUGGACUGCCAGGGCCUUACAUCAAAUGGUUCUUGAAAAAUCUUCAACCUGAGGGUUUAGCCAAAAUGCUGUCAGCCUGGGAAGACAAGUCCGCCUAUGCCCUGUGCACCUUCGCUUUCUCCCCUGGCGGUGAACACGACGAAGUUGUGCUGUUCAAAGGUCGCACAGAUGGCGCUAUAGUCGAGCCCCGUGGUCCGCGCGACUUCGGCUGGGACCCGUGUUUCCAGCCGGAUGGUUACUCUCAGACAUAUGCCGAGAUGGACAAGGAGGUGAAGAACAGCAUCUCACACCGAAGGCGGGCGCUAAACAAACUGCGCGAGCACUUUACCGCCCCUGGGGACGCUUCACACAGUGAUGCCACGGAGCCGACCGUGUACUACUGAUGUAUCGUGAAAACGGUACCGGGCGUAAAACAAUCCAGGGAUGAGUCGCCCUCUUAGGAGUGUUUCUCAGCCCACCCACUGCAUUUUUUUUUUCGCACAGAACGUAUGAUGGUGUCUUGCUGUGCCUAUUUUUCCAAAUAAAUGUCUGUUGGUAGGA